GAGCACAAUUAGUCGGUCGUAAAGCUCACUCCUACCCCAAUCCAACACUUGGAUUUAUUUGGUUGCAAUCUUGAAUCUUCCUCACGCAUCCUGACUCCUGUAAUGCCAUAAACAACCCUUACCAGCACCAACGGCCCACUGGAUACUGCACACCAGAUGUAAACAUGGCGCCCUCUGCGAUGGAUCCAGCACCACCAGCCUUACAGCCAGAGAGCAUAAUCACACCAGCAAAGCUAUACCCACCACGCGAAACGCGUUUUGAAAAAUAUAUUGAGCCUGAAACCGAUGCAUAUCGAAGUGCGCGAUCCCGCGGUUCAGGCAAUGCUGCCAUAGUAAUAGAUAAUGGUAAGCUCCUCCCCCAACCUACGUUUCCACCAGCUUGUAGCUAAUACAAUUGAACAGGAUCUUCCUUCACCAGAGCAGGCUGGUCCUUCGAAGAUUCUCCGCGAUUGAAUCUCGUACCCAUAUUCUCAAAGUACAGGGAUAGAAAGAUAGGCAAGACGUAUGCCUUCGUUGGACAAGAUGUCUAUUCGGAUACCACGGCCCGGGGGCAUAUGAGAACUGCUUUUGAAGCUGGGAGUGGGAUUGUCAGCAAUUGGGAUGUGAUGGAGUCGAUUUUGGAUUACGUUUUCAUCAAGAUGGGAAUAGAUGGACAAAAUGGUGGGGUCGAUAUGCCUAUUGUCAUGACAGAGACGGUAGCUAAUCUUCCAUAUUCGAGAAAAUGUGUGUUCUUUUCAGUCGCGACUUAACAUGGUGGUCCGAAUGCUAAUAUUUAUUCUAGCUAUGACAGAAAUCAUUUUCGAAUGUUACAAUGCACCAUCGCUAGCAUACGGAAUAGAUGCGCUCUUCUCCUACGACUACAAUAAUGGCAAGACUGGGCUUGUUGUCUCGUCGUCACAUAGUUCGACACACGUUAUUCCGGUACUACAUUCAAAAGCCAUCCUCACUCAAGCGACACGACUCAAUUGGGGAGGUUUACAAAGCGCCGAAUACCUACUGAAGCUCAUGAAACUCAAAUACCCUACAUUUCCCGGAAAGGUAAAUUCCUCCCAGAUGGAAAGUAUGGUUCAAGAUCAUUGUUACCUCUCAAAAGAAUACGACCAAGAAAUAGCGAAAUACCUAGAUUGGACGGGUCUGGAGGAUCGGGAUCAUGUCAUCCAAUACCCAUAUACCGAGGAGAUUAUAGUACAAAAGAGCGAGGAGGAACUUGCCCGGAUCGCGGAAAAGAGAAAAGAGGGUGGAAGACGUUUACAGGAACAAGCAGCAAAGAUGAGACUGCAAAAGUUGGUUGCGAAGGAAGAACAGCUUGACCAUUACCGCGAGUUACAAUCGCAAUUAGUCAAUCAGACCAAAAAAGAGAUCAAACGAUUGUUGGACGAAGAGGAAUUGAAGGAUGAAGCUGCCCUUGAACGAAAAAUUAAGGAGCUUGACAAAUCGGUCAGAAAAGCUCGAAUCAAGGAUGUUGGUGGACCGGAAGAGGAAGCUGAGGAACCAGAUUACAGCCUCCUAGACACUCCGGAUGAUCAGUUGGACGAGGCUGACCUCAGAAAGAAAAGGUUGCAGCGUAUGGCGAAAGGAAAUAACGAAGCUCGAGCACGGGCCAAAGCAGAAAAGGCUCGGGAACAAGCCAGAAUUGACGAAGAGAAACGGGCCGAUGAGGAAAAACGAGAAAAAGACCUUGAAGUUUGGCUUCAAGAACGGAGAAAUGCUCGAUUGGACUUGGUUCAGAAGAUUAAAGAGAGAGAUCGUCUCAAGGCAGAUCUCGGGAAUCGAAAGUCCCUCGCCAGUCAGAUCCGUAUGAAAAGCAUCGCCAACCUUGCCUCAGACGCACCCACCAAAAAGAGGCGCCGCGGAAACGACGACGAUAACUUUGGAAUGAACGAUGAUGAUUGGGGAGUUUACCGUCAAAUUGCCACGGCAGACGGUAGCGACGAUGAGGAAGAGGAAGAUCCCGGCGUCACGCUCAAAAGCGUUGAAGGCGACCUCUUGAAGUACGAUCCGGACUUCACAGAAGAACAUACGCUUGACGCUCAAACCGACUGGACCAAAUCCCUAGUUCAUGCCUUCCUCCGUGGUCCCCGACCGUUCGACCCUCAGAGCCAAGCAGAAGCCCACCAAAUUCAUCUCAAUGUCGAACGCAUCCGGGUUCCCGAGGUCAUCUUUCAACCAUCCAUUGCCGGCCUCGACCAAGCGGGUAUCAUCGAAAUCGCGGCCGACAUCCUCACGACUCGCCUCAAUGGUAUCGGUCAGCAGAACGAGUUCUUGAAAGAUAUCUUCUUGACGGGUGGUGCGACCAUGUUCCAAAAUUUCGAUGAGAGAAUGCGAGAUGGUCUGAGGAGUCAUCUUCCGGCUGAUGCGCCGUUGGUCAUUCGGAGGGCAAAAGAUCCCAUUCUGGAUGCGUGGAAAGGGGCGGCGAAGUGGGCGAGUGGUAACAAAUGGAAGACGGCGGCGGUGAGUAGGGAGGAGUAUUUGGAGAAGGGCGCCGAGUAUUCCAAGGUGGGUCUAUGUUUAUUUGUUUCUUCGCUUUCCCUUCGUCCUGUGGUUUUUCUGAUGGACCAUUACUAAUCUGGACACAGGAACAUGAUCUCGGAAAUGCUUAUUCAGCGUGAGAUGAUAUAAGAAGAGUAUGAGAGGCAAACAAGUGGUUGCGAUCACGGAGGGUCAAGUUACGGUCAGAAGAAUGCCAAAGAUGGUCAGAUCAUCCAUUCACGAAAAGGCGUCGUCAGAUCAGGAAUGUAUGUUAUGAUUUCCAGAGAGAGAGAAAAAAUGGUCAAGUGGUAUUAGCAAAUUGCAGCUGGCGUAAUUCUAUACUGUUUUUUUCCUCCUCUCAUUACAUACCAAGCGAUCAAAAGCAAUGAAAAGCACACUCCUCAAAAACCUGGACGCCUAUACCGUUCCCGUUCGUUUCCAGGAUACAUGCAAUACCCUCGAAAUAAUUGCGUGCUUUAAAAAACGAUCAAAAAAAGACUAGAAAUGAUUUGACGCCAGUCCACCCGAAAUCAAAUGCCUAGAACGCCAGUGUAGUUCAACUAGAAAGAAGUUUUACAUGGGUACAGGAUUACUAGGAAGGCCGUCCGCACUGCCUUGUAAUUGCGAGCGGAUGAUCUCCUCGUCGGCGGCUUCGUCGUUGGUUGAUUCCUUAAAUCUCUUAUGGUCAUACUGAUGUUGUUCCUCCUGGGGAUGUUUUGCAGUGUUUAGACUAGCAGCUGCAAGGCUUCGGGCGGCUGAUGGGUUUAGUGCGCUCAUGCCGGACAUUGAUGCUACGGGGGCACCUUCAGGUCGGUGAACAUGUUGUUCGCGUUGCUCAUGAUUUCGGGCAUGGGGAUGGCUGAGAUUGAUGUUGGGUGGUGGUUGUGGGUAGUCUCCUUGCGAUUCGAUGAGGCGUGAUUGGAGGUGGAUGAUGUAUUCUCGUAACGAGUAGUUCUCGCCCUGUAUCGCCUUGAAGCUCUCCUCUAGCGCGUGCAUCUCUCGUACCUGCUCCUCGAGCUUCUUAAUAUAACCUUCUUUUCGCUGGCGGAAUGCUCUCUAUCAUAUUAAACAAUUAAUGUUAGUUGAUGGUUUACGUAAGCUUUGAGCUCGUGGAUGGAUGACAUGAGAAUUGACAAAGCAAGAGGAGGAACGGUCCUCAAGUGAAAAAAUUCAGAAGCUUAACGACAUGUUCAUGAAUAUCGCAACACUCGCUCGCAACCACGACCAUUUGGAGCAGCGAAACCCCCGACUCGACGUACCUGGGCUGCACGAUUUUGCGCGGCGCGCUUCGAUUGCGAUAGCUCUCGCUUUCCACCCUUGCGACCAUCACCCAAGCUGUCGUCACCACCCGAAUCACCGGCACCGGUGUUCAUCAUUGCACCUCCGAUAGCAGGAUCUAUGUUAUGAUCGUGAGGACUGGCGCUGCUCGAUGCUGGGACUUCGUUGUAGCCAUGGGGAGGACCAGCGUGUGGUUGAACUUGUUGCGGUGGUUGGGCUUGUGUGCUGAUAACGGCAGCCAGCUGAGCUCUUAAGUCUGAGGUCGCGCCAGUAUCAUGUCAGCAAACAUAGCCCGGGAUUUGUGAGCGGGAAUAGGAGUUGUCGUAUUGUUGGACAAGGCCAGUAUCGAGGGGGAGCACUCUGGUGGGCGCAUAGGGAUGUGGGGGGAGGGGGAGGGGGAUAAUACCAUUGUCUGCACUCAUGUCCUGCGCAAGUCAGAGUGAGUCAGCUUGGGACUUUGUCAAAGGAAAGGAAAGUCUGAACAGUAGUGGACAGUGACAGAAGCCGGAGUAGCAGGAGUACCUAGCGAAUGCAAUGCAGCUGGUGAUGUGAUGGGACGGGGUCCUGGAUUACUACACCAGGCCUGGCCUACGAGUACUGAGCACUCCUACUCGGUCCACUACACGGAAACAGUUGCAGCCCGCAGCACUUUCGUACUCGCGCGCAAAUGAUGGCGCGCAUUAUUUUUCCUCGGCUCCUAUGGAAACGACGGAAGAAGACAAGUUCAGGCCAAGCGGAGAACUUGACGGGUUGACUACUCCUGACUUUUUGAGAAGGAGGGAGGAAGGAGGAGGGGUACCUACCUGACUUUGCAUGCUCUGGGGAAUGGGCGCUGGGGCGAUGGACUGCAUGUUGAAGGGUGAUGCGCGUCUACUCAUACGCUAGGUAAGUUUACUUUGGCCGUUGGUUCUGCCUGUAAUUGGAUCGGGAGGCUGGUGCCGCUGUUGCGCAGAAAGGAGCCUGGAAAGCUCUACGAGAACUGCAAAUGGGCGCCCUCUUUCAAGACCUGGGAGAGAGUGAAAGGCACCACCGCCGUGUGAAUGGGAACCUGGAAGCAGAACGGGAAGCAGGAAGCUGGAAGGUGCACGUGACCAGGAUUCUCGGAGGCCCGGAAUGGGAAUGCUGGGAGUGGUGGAGGGUACUGGAGGUAGGCUCAGUAGGGUGCUGCAGCUGACCGAGAGUCGUCGAUUGACGUACGAGAGUGAGUCGUCUGGUCUGGUCUCGGGGAAGGGAGAGGGCUGGCUUAUUAAGAAAAGAUGGUCGUCGUGUCUGUGUACCAGUAUCCAGGUGAGUAGGUAAGAG